AUGAAGACUAUUGCAGUUCUCCUCUCCGUCGUCGUAGUCGCUAUCGCCUAUCCGUCUUGCCCCUGUUCUUUGAGUUUAUUGCCAGUAUGUGGGUCUAAUGGUCGUACUUAUGGCAACGAGUGCGACUUGCAGUGUGCACAGCGCACAGAUUCUGCGCUAACUUUGGCCUACAAUGGAGAAUGCCACGAAAUUUGCUCCUGCACCAAGGAAUACAAUCCAGUUUGCGGUACCGACGCAAACACUUACGACAACCUGUGCAUCUUGGGAUGCGCCCGUAAAAACGACGCCUCCGUUUAUGCGCUUUACGAAGGUGCUUGCAAGAAGGAUCAAAAGACAUAAUGCACUACGGAAUACGAACCAAUCUGUGGAUCUGACGGAAUCACCUACAGAAACAAAUGCGACUUCGACUUCCACAGGCGCACCAAAGUCGACCUCCACUUCGUCAAACACGGAAUAUGUUGAAUUGU